CACCGGAAGGAAUUCCGCGUUGCACAAGAAUGAGUUACAUGACCUGAGCAGCUCACAAGAAACCUUCAGAUCAUUUUUACAUCUUCACACCGGACUAGGAGAAGUACGAUGAUCAAGGGUCCGAUAUGUCUAUAGCACCAAGCCGAGUUUUCAGCUGUCUAACGAGAGUGACUCUCGGACAAGGAAUAUUUGUUAAUAACGUUUCAGCGACCGUGAGAAAACGGAUCACCACACGAUCUCUGACGCUGAGCACUCAGAUGUCAGCAAAGGCUCCAACUGAAGAUGAGAUGACCAGUGAGCCCAUCAAGUUUUCCACAAGUCAAGCCAGUCACAAGACCUGGAGGGUCAAUCGCUCUAUGGGAAGCCAGUAUCAACGACCGUGGUGGAAAGUUGUCCCCAUCAGCGUGGUUUUUACAGGAUUUCUCCUCUGGUGUGUGUUAAGAGGCGAAACUGAUAUUGACACACAGCUGGAGAAGCAACUGUAUGAACAGUUACCUGGCUUGCUUUCAGAUGAAGAUGAGAAUGCUGAAAAUAAAUAACUGGUGUAUUUAAUGCUGUUAAUUUAUUUUUCAUCAUCUGAAUGUUUUUAUUCUUAUGUUGCACAUGCAGAAAAGGCCACUGUUUGCUACAGGAGCUUUUUGUAAAGAUUCAGAUAUUUGUUGAUGCAUAUUAAAGUGCUUUUGGUUAAUUA